ACCACGUGGUCAACAACGCUAAACAGACUCGGAGCAGAAUUAUUUUCUUCCUGAAAAAGGGACUGUUACGAAAGGGUCAAAGGGAAAUUACACGAAAGAGAAAUUUUAGUUCUUUGAUAAGAAAGUAAGAAAAGAAAAAGGCGGUGAGAGAAGGAGUUGAGACAGUGGGAAAGUGAGCCAAAAAGCUGAGUACUUGUUAAGGAAUUCCUUGGUGGCCAUGGACUCACCCUGCACUUCCGAGAGUAUUUAUAACCUCAUACCCAGUGACUUGAAGGAGCCGCCCCAGCAUCCUAGGUAUACAUCACUGUUUAGAGCAACUAUAAAAAAUGACAUGAAGAAAUUUAAAACGGCAAUGAAAACCAUGGGACCUGCAAAAGUAGAGAUACCUUCCCCCAAGGAUUUUCUAAAGAAGCAUUCCAAGGAAAAAACACUACCACCAAAAAAAAAGUUUAAUAGGUGCUCUCCCAAGAAGCCUGCAGUGCCCUUGAGAACCGAUCAUCCAGUUAUGGGAAUACAGAGUGGAAAAAACUUCAUAAACACAAAUGCAGCUGACGUCAUCAUGGGCGUGGCCAAAAAGCCCAAGCCGAUUUAUGUUGACAAAAGAACUGGAGAUAAGCAUGACCUUGAAACUUCAGGGCUAUUCCCCAAGUACAUCAACAAAAAGGAUUAUGGCAUCACGCCUGAGUACAUAUGCAAGCGAAAUGAGGAUGUGAAGAAAGCACAAGAAGAGUAUGACAAUUACAUCCAGGAGAACCUCAAGAAAGCGGCCAUGAAGAGACUCUCUGACGAAGAAAGGGAGGCAGUUCUGCAGGGACUGAAGAAGAACUGGGAAGAGGUGCACAAAGAGUUCCAAUCCCUCUCGGUCUUCAUUGAUUCUGUACCAAAGAAGAUUCGCAAGCAGAAGCUGGAAAAAGAGAUGAAGCAGCUGGAACACGACAUCAGUGUCAUUGAGAAGCACAAGAUCAUCUACAUCGCUAACAAGUGAGCCAACUGUUGCAGGACAGAAAAAAGCCACAUGGCCAUCACACUAAACCCACUCUUCUCAAAGAGGACUAUGAAGAGAAUAAAGUUUUCACCGAAAAUGUAGGGGCAGUGUUGAAAGAAUAGUUGAAUUAUUUGCUUGCUCUAGAGAAAAUUUUCUCCUCCACUGUCAGAGUUCUACUUAUAAACAAACCAUUAAAGUCAGAAGCUGCACCUUG